AAGUGGCCGGAUAUUGAUGUUUUCUUUGUUGCAUUACGGAUUGCGGUGUGAUGCCCGGCAUAUUUUGUAAUAAUUUCGUUUAUAGAAGAUUGCGGAAUUUAUAAGUAGCAUGUCGGAUGAGUAGAAAGGCAGUGCAUUAGCUUGGAACCAGCCACUAGCAGUUAGCUUGUGGGAUGUUAGCUAGCUGGCUAACACACAGUGGGCUGCUAAAGUGUUCAGAGAGUCCAGUGAGCCACUGGGCUAAUCGGAGUACUGGAUAUUGCACAGUAUAGGCAGUCUUCUGAUUGAGAGAUUUUCGAUGUGAUUGUCCUGUGAUUACAUACAGAUAAUCAUGGGCAAAAGAAAAGUGCCAGAUUUGUAUCGUGCCCCUUUCCCUCUCUACACUGUUAAAAUCGAUCCUAAAACUGGACUCAUCAUUACUGCUGGAGGGGGCGGAGCAUCCAAGACCGGCAUUAAGAAUGCAGUGCAAUUCCUUGGUUUAGAGCUAGUGGGAGGACAACACAGUGCCACUCUGCUGCACUCUCAUGACACUGGAUCAUGUGCCACCAUGAACAUGGCACUGGGAGGAGAUGUGAUCGCUGCUGGACAAGAUGGCAACUGCAGCGUGAUGCGCUUCAGGCAACAGGGCCCUAAAGAGGGACGAUCAGCUGCGCCGAAGGAUGGAUCUGGGGAGCAUGGAAAUGCCAGGAAGAGAGGGCCGAAAAGCCAGAGUGGUGGUGGUGGUGGUGGUGAUGUUCCCCAGACGAAGGACAAGUCUGUGCAGAUAACAGUGGACAAGGUUGGACAGGUGCAGUCAGACCUCAGCCCUCAGGACCCGCUGCAGAAAUGUGUGCGCUUCAGCUCUGACCUGAAGCUUCUUCUCACAGGAGGAGCCGACGGUUAUGUGAGAGUGUGGGAGUAUCCCUCCUUGAAAGAGAAGUUGAACUUCAAAGCGCACCAAGAUGAAAUAGAAGACAUCGACAUCAGCCCUGAUAACAAGCGCAUCGUGACAGCAGGGCGAGAUUUUGCGUGUAGUGUAUGGAGUGAUGAUCAGCUCAUGCUGGGUUUACGUUGGCAUGACCACAUGCCCCAUAUUACAGAGAAGAUGUAUCGCUACCAGUCUUGUCGGUUUGCUAAGGUCGAGGACCAAAAAGAUGCUUUAAGACUGUACACGGUGCAGAUUCCCCACAAACGAGAGCGUAAACCACCACCAUGCUACCUCACGAAAUGGGAUGGCAGGAGCUUCUUGCCCCUGCUUACUAAGCCAUGUGGCAAUGAAGUGAUAUCCUGUUUGAGUGUGAGUGACUCUGGAACCUUUCUUGGCCUCGGUACAGUCACAGGAUCAGUAUCCAUCUACAUCGCAUUCUCACUGCAGAAGCUGUACUACGUACAGGAAUCCCAUGGCAUUGUGGUGACAGACCUGGCGUUCUUGCCUGAUGCCCCCAAAAGCAAACCUGUAAAGGGAAAUAAUGAAGUAGCCAUGCUGAGUGUGGCUGUGGACAGUCGCUGUCAGUUGCAUACCGUGGCCAACCGGAGAUCUGUUCCGAUAUGGCUGGUGUUGUUCCUGUGUAUUGCACUGCUUGUGGGUGUCAUCCUGUUGCUGCAGCAUUUCUUCCCAGGGUUCAUUUAAAGAUGUGGUCGAACACAGCGAACCUCUCUCUCUCACCAGGGAGCAAAUCGGCUUUCGCGGCGUGCAGCAAAAUGAAUAGAACACAACCUAAUGUCAAGCAUGGAAUAACUGUACUUAUGGUGAACUUUCUGAUAUUGGAGCGACAUUUUAACUGAAGAAUCAUCUCAGGAGCAUGCGUUUAUGCUAGGAAUAGUUAGGAAUGAAGAUCUGGGGUUUUUACUCUGUGAUGGAGCCAUCUUUGUCUGUCCAUGUGUCUACAAUCAUCUUUGCAGUGCUAAUACCUGCAUGUACAACAGACUGAACAGGAAGAGGAAAAAUAAUUUUUGAGAAGGUCUCAACAUCUGUUCAUUCUGCAGAUACUGUAUAAUGCAUUUAAUUUAAUACACGGAGAAAGACACAUCAUUAGAUAAUUUUAGUUAUUUAAGCUAGAUGGAAAUAUAGAAUUAUGGAAAAAAAUCUUUUUGAAUCUGCCAGGUGCCUUUAUCACUCUGUUGCUGUUUGAUCCAGUGGAAGUAUCUCUGUCUUUAUCAUGCUAGAGUUCAUGCAAAAUUAAUGGAAUGUGAUCUGUGUCAGACAAAUAUGGUUUACAAUGGAGUAAAAAAAAAAAAUUGCAUACAUGCAAUUCAUAUUUAUUUUGAAAUUAGUUAAGGUGCUACCUAAGCAGUUUCAUGAUUACUUGUUCAUAGCCCCAGUAAUGUAUUUAAAAAUAUAAUUUGAUAGAAUAUUUUAUAUUUUUGAAUUAUUUUCCAUUAUACUUUUUAAUAAUUGGCAAUAAAAAUGGUAAUAACUAAUAUGGACUAAAACAAAUUUUACUCACACAUUUCAUGAUUGAACUUCAUAGAUCUAGGAUCUUGCUGUUUAUUGUGUUUGUAAGUUUUAAGUGAGCACUUUCCUGAAACCUUUCUUUUAAUUGUUUUACAUAUAUAAAACUAUUAUACAGUAUAUAAUAGAAAAAUUGCAUUCCUCCACUAGAGGCCAGUACGGCUUCAUUUAGGAGCCACAUUGAGCUGAACUGGGCAAAUAUGUUAUAAGGACGAAUAUGAAAUAAAAGUUAAUUAUUUAUUCUUUUCACUCAAUUUUCACUUCCAGAAAAAUGACCAUAUUUAGCAACAAGUAGAAUAAAUAGUUAGAACACUUUAUUUUAUUGGUUAAACACAUCAGAUGCACUAUUACUAUAAGUCACUAUUACUAUAAAUCUCUUAAUCAGAAAAUCUAAAUGUCUGUUGAAAGGCAUUGCCACUUACAUCGAGUAACCAAGCAGGUUAUCGCUUGUGUACUGCAACAAUCAAAAAAUUUGUUUAUAUAGGAAUCAUAGAAAGGGUGUGUAGCGUGUAGCAUAUAACAUUUCUCAAUCCUGAUUCUGUUUUCUACACAAUACACAUUUUGGUGUUUUACCAACACACAUGACUCAGCACAUCAGUUAAUACACAGCCUUUCAUAAGUUUAAAACUCAUCAGGGAUAAACAAUACAAGUUCAGUGCAGAGAGACUUAGACACACUCUCAUAGUCCUUACCUCUUAGUGUGUACUGCUUAACUUAUUAAACUUAUUAACGCUUUUAACUUUAUUUUUAAUUUAGUACAGUUUGCUUUUACAGAUAUAAGCUGCCCAAGAGAGUCUACUGCUGCAUAUUUUAAUACUGGGAUGAACAGUUCCAGCACAGAUUAGUUAUUUCUCUGCUUGAGCUGGUGAAUUGAAUCAGGUGUUUUUGAGCAGGAAAAAUCACAACAUUUGUGUAGGAUUCUGGCUCUUCUGGCCUGGUUUUGCAACACCUGCUCUAAAGACGUCACUUAACAAUGAUCUGCUGGAUAAUUAUGAUGAAUUAAAACCUUUUCCAUAACUGCAUUAAACAGGCUUCAAUUGCUGUGUUUAUUCAUACUUGUUUUCCAUUUCUGUAAGUCCUCUUUGAUCCUUCAGGGCCACAGAACUGAUGAAUAUUAAUGAAGUGUCUCAGUAAAGGACAGGGCUGCAGGGCCAAAAUCCACAAACGUUCGGUCCAACAGGAACUCAGUCUGAUAACGUCUGUCUUUGUGAGUGGAAAGCAGUCAGAGCAGCUGUGCCUUCACACAGGGCAGAUGAGAGAAAAUUAUUCAUCCAGUUCGCUCAAAAGAUAUCCUCGUAAUGUUCAUAAUUUACAAUGUGCAGACUUUUUGUUGUGAGAAAUUUUCCAGAAUCAGAAGUUCUUUUAAAGUUAUCCUUGACUAUAAGCACUUGAGACAACUGAACAUUGAGCACAUUCUUUCCAGCGGUGAAGUGAGAAGGACAAAACAACUAAUUCACCAGUGACUGCCUUCUUUGUAAAAACUUUGUAUAUGGAGCCAAGCUAAGUAAGUGCUGCUUCCAAAUCUUAAGAUGAAUAAACCACCAUUUACAAGCUAGCAGUUAAAUGCACAAUCUUGUAUAAAGUGGUCUUUUUACAGCAUUCAACACCUUCACCUUAACAAAUCUUAAUUUGUUCUGUCCAGUUAAACACUUCGCCAAAGCUUUUAUUGGGCUUAAUGGCCUUUAAGUGCAAGUUAUUUCCCCCCACUCUCUUUGAUGAAACCUGACACUUGUCCAAGUAGAUGGGUGUUUAUGUUGGUCACCUACAGUUCCUCUUUGUGCUUUCUCACUGCUUUUUAUUUCUACAGGCACAGGAAGGCUUUUAAAGGUUGCCCAUGUUGCUAAGAUACGCUGAAAGAGUCGUGUCCAAACCUGGAUUGCAUUCUACCAUGAUAAGUAACAAACUGUGGCUAUGUCUUACCAGGGCAUUAGCAAAGAGACCAGGACCAAAAGCACAUAGCACAACCUUAAAUAGGUCUGCUCCAGUCCCCUCUAAAAGUAUUGAAAGGGCAAGGCCAAUUCUAAUAUUUUUGCUAUACACUGAAGACAUUUGGGUUUGAGAUCAAAAGAUGAAUAUGAGAAGAUAGAUCAGAAUUUCAGCUUUCAUUUCCUGAUAUUUAUAUCUAGAUGUGUGAAACAACAUAGAACAUGGCACCUUUUGUUUGAACCCAUCCAUUUUUCAAGUGAUCAAAAAUAAUGGAACAGGUGUUUCUUGUUGCCCAGGUAUGCCCUGUUAGAUUGAUUGUCUAAACAAUUAAUAGCUCUGAAUGUCUACUCUUGGUUUGAACCCUGGGUUUCACCUGUGAAGACUGCAUUUGUUAAAAACAGGAUAAACCAACAGGAUGAUGAGAGAGCUGUUUAUGGGAGAAAAGCAAGACAUUUUGAAGCUGAGAAAAGAGAGAAAAUCAGAGCCAUUGCACAAGCAUUGGGCAUAACCAAUACAAUAAUUUUGUCCAGAAAAAAAAGGAAACCACUGGUGUACUAACAACCUGACAUGAAACAGAUCAGCCAAGGAAAACAACAGCAGUUGAUGACAGAAACAGUGAAAGAACUGUGAAGAAAAACCCCAAAACAAUAGUCAGUGACAUCACCAACAACCUCCACAGGUCAAGGAUGAAAGUAUCACAAUCUAUCGUUUGAAGAAGACUUCGAUAUCAGAAAUGUAGAGGCCAUACCACAAGAUGCAAACCACUCAUCAGCAGUAAGAAUCGGAAGGCCAGAUAGGAAUUGGCAAAGAAAUACAGAGAUUAAUCUCUACCAAAGUGAUGGAAAGGUCAAAGUGUGGAGAAAGAUAAGAUCUGCUCUUGAUCCAAAACAUACGAGCUCAAUGGUCACAGUGGAGGUAGUGUCAUGGCUUGGGCUUGCAUGACUACUUCUGGAACGGGUUCACUAAACUAUUGAUGAUGUAACUCAUGAUGGUAGCAGCAGAAUGAAUUCAGAAGGCCACAGAAACAGUCUGUCUGCCAAAUUACAGAGAAAUGUACCCAAUCUAAAUGGGAGUAACUUCAUCAUGCAGUAAGACAAUGACCCAAAACACACAACAAACAACUUCAUCAGGGGAAAAAAGUGGAAGGUUUUAGACUGGCCAAGUCAAUCACCAGACCUUAACCCAACUGAGCAGCAUUUCACCUCCUGAAGAGGAGACUGAAACUCCCCCAAAACAAACAACAUCUGAAAGAAGCUGUGGUACAAACUUGGACAAGCAUCACAAAAGAAGAAUGCAACAGUUUGGUGAUGUCAGAGGGUUGCUGGCUUGAUGCAGUUAUUGCAAGCAAGGAAUAUGCAACCAAAUAUUAAGUGUUAUUUACUUUAAGACUAUCUAUUCCAAUACUUUUGCUCACCUGAAGAUUGGGUGGUCUGCCACCAAAGGUGCCAUGUUCUAAGUUGUUUAACACAUACUACUUGUAAAUAUC